AUGGCAAGCAACGAGAAGCUGGAGGCCAUCAUCAAAGAUAUGAUGGCCAAAAGCCAUAACCGAUUCAAGCAGAUGGUCAUCAAUAUUGGAAAUAUGGCCGAUGUUGGCGAAGACGACGCCUCUGGGAUUGCCGAUAAAUUCAAACAAGAGAUGAUUCAGGCAUUCGGUGAACUCGUCGACAACAACAUGGAGGCCAUCACAGCCGCCAUGAAGAAGCAGCUUGCCGGUAAUGGAAGCAAAGACGAGACUAAGAAGCAGUUAGAUGCUGCGAUACCCCAGGUUCGCAAGCGACCUGCGAGUGCCCUGAAAUCCCAGGAGCGCGCCCGGAAGUCAUCACGGAGAACCCCCCGUAUGCCCCCUCCCGUAUCCGCACGCGGCUAUACCGCACAACUUCGGCCCGCACGCUCCAAGCAGUUCAUAGUCAUUUCAGAUGACGAAGAUGAAGAUGAAGAUGAAGUGAAUGGAGGGGAUGGGGUUCCUGCCAAAGUCCCCGGCAAUACCCCUAUAGUAUGA